ACACGGUGAGCACGGAACUACGAGUGUUCGACAAAGACUGUAAAACGGGCGCGAACGAGGAAGAGGAGCCCGUUUCGGGAACCGGUGAAAUUCAAACACGAAACCUGGGUCAAGGGUCGAGAAAAACCGAACCUCUGAACGAUGUGAGAGGAAUAUAUGGACGGACACCAAACGGACUGGGCAGAUUCGGCGAAAUCACGAACACGUGGCGGGACGUAAAGCGGGCGUUAAGCCUGCUAUGCGUAAAGAAAUUUUCCGGCAGCGGGACAAUGCUGGAGGCGCCGCCCGGAAGUCGAGAAGACCUCGUAGAGGCAGCAAGAACUCCGUGUACACCCACCGAUCUGGACACGAUGCUGUACGGAUACACGAAUAGCAUAUACGUGCUGGACCACACGCCUGAAUCCUUGCCGGACAUGGACAUGCUGCAGCUGUUCGCAUCUCCGGCAGGUCGAGCGUUACUCACGAGCGACAAUCGGCCGAGGGGAUCAACGUCGACCUCUUCCUUGUCUCGAGAGUCCUCGUCGAGGCUAAAGAGUAGCAGGAGACCAUCGGGUACCGGCACAGUCAGUGCACCCACGUCACCGCCAAGACGGCGGAAGUCAAGCGCCGAACUUUACAAGGAAGCUGUUGAGAUCCUUGGCCUCACUUGCUCGCUGACCGAUAGCUGCCGGUGCAUCGAUUGCCAGAGCAACUACUUUGAUUGCGACGACGAUUGCGCUGACGCCGGUACAGAACUAGCUGCAGGCACUCCUAUUCUAUUGGACCACGCUCUAUCGCAUCAUCUGACUGUGUGUUCCAUACAGUAGCAAACGACCGGUAGACGAAAAUUUCGAAAAAAUCGGCCCCUUAUUAGCCCGCUCUGCCAUACGUUCCAGCAGAAGAUAAUGACGUCGACUUGUCAAUAUCUUUCGAUAAUUGCACAACAUUCGUGUUAAAAGCAAAAAUUAGCGAGACUGAAAUCAGCGCGGCAACGAUACUACAAUAGAGAUUGAAUACUGGAAGAAAAUUGAGUCGUUCGUUUUGCAUUCCGCGAGUCUCCACCGAGAAGAGAGUUCGUGCAAAUAUUAUAUAUUUUUUCCU